AUGAGUGACCAGCCUAUGCUCGGUGGCGGACGUGGCCGCUGGGAUUCGCAAGACCUAGAGGACCAGGGUUUUGCACCAUACGGGACAUUCCCAGGUUCGCCAACUGAGAGCGCAGAGACGUCCUGCAGUAUCACUUCCACUCGGCCCAGAGUCAACGCCAGAAUCGUCUCUGAUGCCAUCUUGGGCCUGUCAGACGGGUUGACGGUCCCCUUUGCUCUCAGUGCCGGCCUCUCUGCCCUGGGGAACACCAGGGUCGUCGUCGUCGGUGGCCUGGCCGAGCUUGUUGCCGGUGCUAUAUCUAUGGGCUUGGGCGGAUACGUUGGCGCACGCAGUGAAGUGGAAUCAUACGAAGCCACGGUCCGAGAGACUAAACAUCUAGUCAAAGCGUCCCCAGUGGAAACAAUGAACAUCAUCCGUGAAGUUUUUGCUCCAUACAACCUCCCAGACGAGCCCGUCGCUCACAUGAGCAAUAUCCUAUACAACUCCCCUGAGAAACUCCUUGACUUCCUCCUCACCUUCCACCACAAAGAGUCGAAGCCAGGCUGCAACCAGGCAUGGAUAUCUGCCAUCACCCUUGCUCUGGGCUACUUCAUCGGCGGUUUCAUCCCGCUUAUUCCUUAUUUCAUCGUGGACCACGUUCUGGCGGCGUUGUAUUAUAGCAUUGGUAUCAUGAUUUUCACAUUGCUGGUCUUUGGCUAUGUUAAAACCUGCAUUGUUCGAGGUUGGGCAGGUAGAGAGAAUAUAGUUGCUGGUAUUAAGGGGGGGCUCCAAAUGGUGGUUGUUGGAGGUUUGGCUGCUGGUGCGGCUAUUGCCCUGGCUCGAGCCAUCAACCCAACUGGCCGCGCUAUGUUUUGA